CGUUGUCAGGUUUGGUUGAGCCGGAAGCUCUGGUGUUGGCGGUCUCUGGCUGUCGUGGGUCGUGUGUAGUGAUUCGCUGCAGCUGGCAGCAAUGGCUUCAGGAACUGGAUUGAUCUACAAUGAUCAAAUGAUGAGCUAUAAUCUGCUGUGGGAUUUCCCGGCUUGCAGCAUUGAAGUACCAGAACGACUAUCCGCUUCCUUUGAGAAACUCAAACAAUAUGGUCUUGUGGAAAGGUGUAUCCAACUAUCAGUUCGAGAGGCCACUGAAGAGGAAAUUAUUUUGGUUCACAGCUUGGAUUAUUUGGAAGCUGUGAAGUCUACUGCAUUUAUGAAUGUGGAAGAAUUGAAGAGCUUCUCAUACAAAUAUAAUGAUGUAUAUUUUCACCCUAACUCCUAUUACUGUGCUAAAUUAUCUCUGGGAGCAACUCUGCAACUUGUUGAUGCAAUCAUGUCAGACAGAAUAAGAAAUGGGAUGGCACUGGUAAGACCUCCAGGUCACCACAGCCAGAAGAGUGAUGCCUGUGGAUUUUGCAUUUUUAAUAAUGUAGCAAUUGCAGCCAAGUAUGCAAAACAAAGAUAUGGAACAAAAAGGAUUCUGAUAGUUGAUUGGGAUGUGCAUCACGGCCAAGGAACUCAGUACACAUUUGAGGAGGAUCCCAGUGUUCUGUACUUCUCAUGGCAUCGCUAUGAACAUCAGCAGUUUUGGCCCAAUUUAAAGGACUCUGAUUACAAUGCUAUUGGAAAAGGCAGUGGGACAGGAUUCACCAUAAAUAUUCCAUGGAACAAGGUUGGAAUGGGAAAUGCUGACUAUUUGGCAGCUUUCUUGUCCAUUUUACUUCCUGUGGCUUAUGAGUUUAAUCCAGAAUUAAUUCUGGUUUCGGCUGGAUUUGAUUCCGCUGUUGGAGAUCCUGAGGGUGAAAUGUGUGCUACACCUGAGUGCUUUGCUCAUUUAACUCAGUUACUGAUGCCAUUAGCUAAUGGGAAACUGUGUGUUGUUUUAGAGGGAGGAUACAACUUGCGCUCCCUUUCAGAAUCCGUCUGUAUGACCGUCCGUGCAUUAUUAGGGGACCCAAUGCCUCCAUUGGUUGGCCAGAUGGCACCAUGCUUAAGUGCUGUGGAAACAAUUCAAAAUGUAAGAGCUGUGCAUCAGCCCUACUGGAAAUUUCUGAAGUACCAUGAGGGUGUCAUUAUCAAAGAUCCAAGCACCAAGAAAUUGAACUUUGCUAUUGAAGAACAUAAGCUUGAAUCAGCUGAUACCACAGAUAUAGAGAAAAAAAUGACUGUGUUCUCCAUGGAGAAGCAAGAUUUUGAUGAAUUCAUGGAUUCCCACAUGAAGAACGUUCUUGUGUUAGCUCCCUCUGUAAGAACUGCAUGGGCUGGUGAUGAAGUGAAGUCAGCAAAGUUGGAUCGAUGCCUUAAAGUAGAAGCAAAGGAAACUUCCAUGGAAGAAGCUGGCAUUCUCAUCAGUGGUGGUGAUGCUACACAACUGGAGAACAAACGUCUUUUACUGUCAUUAGGAUGUAUAUUUCCACUAAUUGAUAAAAUAACUAAAAGAGAGGUUCGAAAUGGUAUUGUGGUAGCCCCAACAUUGUCAUCUAGCAUCAUUGCAGCACAAUAUAGCAUUACUGUUGGAGCAAGCAGAGUUUUCCUUCUGCUACUUGGAGAAGCUGAUAUUCCAACUGAUGUUAAAGCUGAUGAAAAAAUCCUCGUGGUGAACGUAUGUGCGAAGCAGGACAAGAUGAGGGGAAACAAUUACUUUAUCCCAAUUUGCUGGGAAGGGGGUAAUGAAUGCGAUGGGGAUCUUCUUCAUGCAACAUUUGAGUUUAUCUUACCUCUGGCAUAUGGACACAGACCUGAACUAGUGGUUUUGGCUGUGGGAGAUAACACUGGAAUUCCAGCAGUUACACUAGCUCACUUGACACAGUUACUCCAGUUGCUUGCUGAAGGGCGGAUCCUUGUAAUAAGCCAGGCUUCUGACCUUGUGGAUACCUUGACAAGUUCCUUGCUAGGUGAUCCUUUACCUACAGUAAGAUCUUUUGUUUUAAAUGAAGAAAAUGCACUAGUGUUGAUGAAACUUAGACAAGAACUGAAGCAGCACUGGAAAUUACUUAAGAACAGUGUACUUUAAACAGUUGAGCCAGUUUUGAAAUUUCACAUGGAAUGAGAAAAACAUCGAAUGUGGAGAUUCAAGAUUUUGGAAACCCCAUCGGCAUCAUUAUUUUGACAGCCCUAUCUUUGGUAGAGAUUCUUGCUUGGCAGUCAUUCUUGUUCUGGAAUUAUAAAGAUUAAUUGACAUGCAAAAGUAAAGAUGAUUAUCUUCAUCUGCAAUGUUCCUAAUGUCAAAGCAUCACCUACAGUCAUGGCCUAUAGAACUAUUCUAACGAUUGUGUGUUCUUGCACAGAAUUAAUCAAUAUCUAAUGAAGAUGAAGUGACAACACCACAUUCUUCUAAUGACUAGACUGAAGAUGAUGUAUAAUGGCAUCGUUGGAGUGUCUUUUAAUCCUAAGAGUUUUUUGCAUUUCAGCAACUUAUUAAAAGUUGUAAUUUUAUCAUUCAAAGUAAUGAUCUGGUAGAAAUUAUUAAUUGCAUAUGUAAUAAUCUUCUGCAUUAUUGCCAUGGGGAAGUGGACAAAUGCAUUUUCAAGACUUCAUAAUGUUCAGAGCUACAGAAAUACCUGCUGCUUUAAUAUGUCACAGAACUGGAAGAACAGAACCAACAAAUCUAGAGCAAGAGUGCCCAUUUUUUUUGAGAGACACAAGAGACUGCAGCUGCUGGAAUCUGGAGCAAUACACAAAAAGCUGGAGGAACUCAGCAGGUCAGGCAGCACCUAUGGAGGGAACUGGACAGUCGACAUUUCAGAUGGAGACCCCUCAUCUGGAUUGAUCCAGAUGAAGGGUUUCGACUCAAAUCAUCGACUGUCCAUUUUCCUCCAUAGAUGUUUCUCCAGCUUUUUGUGUGCUACCCAUUUUUUAUAUUCAGAUGUGAAGAUUAUUAUGAAUAAAUUUUCUUUUAAAAUCUAUUCACUGCCUAUGACUGAGCCACCUCAUAUUUAUGGGUUGAGUUUGGCCAUUAUUUCUCCCUGAAUCAACACAAACAGAACCAUUAACUGAUCAGCUGUCUAAUUGCUGCUUGUAGGAUCUCAUUGUAUGCAAGAUGGCUAGCACAGCAACAGUGACUAGCUAUGAAGUUUUUCAAACAUUCCUAAGGAA